UUGAAAUUGUUUAUUAUUCGCUUUCGCAUUUUUCGUAAUUUCUUGAAAUAAUAAACAUUAGCAUCGAUAUAUGCCCUGAACAUAUAUUAAAAAAACACCAACAUAAAAGAAAAAACCAGAGCAAUUCUUUUGGUCUUCUGGAGCACAGUCUUGAGAGCUGUGAACGAGAGCUUUUCACCUUCAAUCUCUGCGGGUUGAUAAAGGGUGAGCCUUGUUACUUGGUGGCCAUUAUUGUUUGUUGUUCUUAAUCUGGUGCGCUGUUGUUGUGCUUGCAUCAUCUAAGGCAUGAUGGAGGAUAUGUCAACAAAUGAUUAAUGGAGGCAGACAUGGCUAUGCGCCUGUUUUCUACUCUUAACCAUGGCCGGGUUGAGAAGUUUCUCUCAGAGUCCACCAAGCUGAACUCGAUAAGGGCAUUUUCUGUAGGACGAGGAGGACAGGGAAAAGUGGGUAAAGCUGCUUUACCUGAGUCUGGGGGUGCCCAAGCCAAGCAAGAAUCUCAUUUUUACUUUGGAGCUUUUGUGGAUGCAUUCCUGAUGAGAAUGAAGAAGAACAAAGAUCUUCUCAAUAACAGGAAGAUAUGGUCUCGGAGAUCUACUAUUUUGCCAGAAUUCGUUGGUUCUACGGUGCAAAUUCACAAUGGAAAAAAUUUCAUUCGUUGUAAGAUUACUGAAGAAAAGGUUGGUCAUAAAUUUGGAGAGUUUGCUCUUACACGAAAACGAAAGCCUCAUGCUAAACACACAGGAUCAGGAAAAAAGGGUGGUAAAUCAAAAAAGUAAAAGUCUAUGUACAUGCGCAUGAUGUACGUAGAAAGCAUGAUUUUACCUGUCCUAGUUACCUGAGGAGCUCAAAGAAGCUCUUAAGGAAUCAAAGCUGUGACAAGCUGGCUGAAGAUCAGAAAAGCAUCUUGGAUGAAUUGUUAGGUUGGGGUUUCUCUCUGGACAAUUUUCUUCAGUUAUGGUUAUUGGGAAUUUUGACUGACAGAUGAAUUAGCGGUUUUGCUUUUUACCAUCGAUUUAACUUUUUGAAAUGGAAUAGGCUUAAAGGAAGCAAUCUUUUUUUUCUUGUCAAUGUUAUGAUGGAUUUUGUUAUUUGGGUUUACAAGGAUACAGCAGAGCCAUAUUACAUUAACAUGUAAUUGUAUCCCCAUCUUCGUAAUAAUUUGAGGUAAACAUGUUUAGCCAUUCA